AAACUUCAAAUGAUAAAAACGAAAGACAUCGCAUUCAAUUGCAAGAAAAUAUGUGUAAAAAAAGGGAAUCAGAAACUGCUGAAGAACAUGAAAGGCAUUUAAAAAGGGAACGUGAGUCAAGACGUCAGAAAAGAACAAAAUGUCAACUAGAGAACAAUAAUGCCCAGAACCAAGAUACUAAUUCAUUGCAUGUAGAAUCACCUUCU